AUGUCGACUGCUUAUGUAAGCAUGCCUAAAUAUAAAGAAGCACUAGAAUGUGCACAAAAAGCAGUUGAACAACUCCAAAAACGGCCUAAUCCUGACCUGACAUCCCUCGGACGAUACAUUCGUCAGAUAGGACAUGUAUUUCAACAGCAAGGUAAACAUGUGGAAGCGAUUCGCCAUUAUGAAGAAAGUUUGGCUGUAACUCGUACGGACACAGAUGAUGACAAUGAGUCAGUAGCAAUUGUCUACAAUAAUAUAGGUGAUGCUUAUUUGCAAAUGAAUAAAUUUGCUGAAGCAUUAUCUUACUACGAAAAGACAUUAGAAAUUGAAUUACGUACUUUGCCGGACAAUGCUCCGACAAUUGCUGCGACGUAUGCAAAUAUGUCACUUGCAAAUCUCAAAAUAUCCAAAUACAACGAGGCAUUAAGAUGUGCUCAUGAUGCAGUUAAUCAACUUCGAAAACGGUCAAAACCUGAUCCAAUGAAGCUUAGUCAAUAUCUUUGUCAAGUCGGGCAUGUUCUUCGAAAGCAAGAAAAAUACUCCGAAGCUAUUCGCUAUUACAAUGAAUGUCUGACCACCAUUGUUACUGUUAUUGGGAAUGAUGAUGAAUCAUUAGCAAACACUUAUUAUCGCAUAGCUGAUUGUUAUUGUGAAUUAAAGAAAUUUGCUGAAGCUUUACCUUUCUAUGAGAAAACAUUAACAAUCGAACAGAAAUAUUUAGAAGACGAUCACCCAACGAUCGCUGUGACGCAUUUCAAAAUGUCAACUAUCUAUGCAAAUAUGUCGAAGUAUAAUGAGGCAUUAAAAUGUGCACAGGAUGCAGUUAAACAACUUCAAAAACGAUCCAGUUCCGAUCCAGCAGAACUUGGUCAAUAUCUUUAUUAUCUGGGGAAUAUUCUUCUGAAACAAGGUCAACAUUCGGAAGCGGUUCGUUAUUUUGAAGAAGGUCUGACUAAAAUUCUUAUGGUUAAGAGUAAAGAUGACGAAUCAUCAGCAGUUACCUACUUUAAUAUAGGUGGUGCUUACUGUCAACUGAAUAAAUUUACUGAGGCAUUAUCGUACUUUCAGAAGACACUAGAAAUCGAAUUGCGUACUUUGCCAAACAAUACUCCGACGAUUGCUUCGACAUAUGUAGGCAUGGCUACGGUAUUAGUUGGUCUUAAACAAUUUGAUGAAGCCAUGAAAGCUUGUCAGAAAGGAAUAGAUCAGCUCUUAAAGACACUUCCAUCUGAUCAUGAAGAUGUGCAACAACAAAAGCCUUUCAUGGAAAUCAUACGAAAAAAACAGCUGCUAUUAAACAUAUACAAAAAGUAG